AAAGUUGUUCAUCGACGGUUAACUAUCGAGGAGCCCACAGUGAAUAUAUUGCUUUAGUAUUACUCCUACCUCACUCUGUCCAAAUAAGUUCAUCUCUAGCCUCUCUCAUGUCGUCUUAAAAUAAGUUCAUCUCUAGCCACUCUCAUUCAUCUCCUUCUGCCUCCAGCAUGGCGAUCAUUAUUCCUGGUUCGUUCCAUCGCUCAACCGCCCUGCGAGUCAUCUCUGUAUUGUUUGUGCUUGCAGUUGUCGUCCCAGAUGCAGGUGGGCGGCAUCAGCAUCAUCGGCAUGACUGCCUUCCGUUCACCUGCGGCCGUCUUAGCAACGUGUCGUCUCCUUUCCGCCGGCGAGGUGACCCAUCUGGAUGCGGUUUUACAUCCUACGAGCUGACUUGCACCGAUGACAAGGCUACGAUUCAGAUCUACGAGGGAACGUACUCUGUGACGGGCAUCAACUACAGUGAUUCUACCUUCUGGGUUGUCGAUGCCAACAUCUCGGAUUCACCUAACACACUUCCUCAGAGGAUUGUUCCACCUUAUCCAACUACAACCCUGAAUACUGGUUGCCACACCAUCCAUAUCGAGCUGGAGCCUGCUUCAAGUAGGUGGUCAGCCUUUGUGAAUUGUUCGCAGGAAAUAAACAACAAUGAGAAGUACAGGCCUGUCGCUUGCCUGAAUAAUACCAGCCGUUCCUUCGUUUACGUGCUAAUUGGCAGCAUAUACUCUUGUUAUAUUGAUAAUCUUGAGCCUUCGUGUGGGCACCUGGCCAUUACUCCUUUGCACGGCAACGACACAAGAGUGCUAGAAGAGAAUCCAAGCUGCGAGGAUGUCGUCAAAAUAAUGAGAGGUGGAUUCGCUGUUCGGUUUCCUUACACGAUUGAUGCUGCGUACUCUUUCAAGGAGUGCAGGGCAGAGACAUUUCGACAUUUCCGAGAAGAACCAGCGUCUAGUGCAGGCAUCAAGUACACUAUGGCAGACACUGCGACGUUCGACAUUCGUUACAUGGCAUGCGUAAUCCGUGUAGCUAGAUUACCUGCAGCUGUCAAAUUGUUCGUUCUACUAACAAUAAUCGCCAUGUGGCUUCUCAAGUGGAUUGCUGGUAAAGAAAUCGUGUAUAUAUGUACUUAAACAGAUGAUCCUUAUUGCUACAUUCUAGUUUUAGAUUGCCUAGCUUUUUAUCCUCAAGUUUCCUGCACUGUGAGAAUUGUCUUAUUGGUAUUUCCUUGGAGUUUGGAAGAUGCUCUUCUCUGCACGCUGUGCUAAACUUUACAUCUUUUUGUGUAUAUUAGUUGACUCCAACGCCUAGUUGGCAAUUCAUAUUAAAAUGUCAUCUUUUUGUU